CCCCCAUCCAUGGCGGGGUGCUGCUGGGCGUGUGCUUCAGGCUUCAGGCUUCAGCCACGAGUGGCUCCUCUAGCGCUUCGUCAUACGGUCCCUGGGACGAAACUCGCAAGACGUCUUUACCAAACGUUCGACCGCAUGCUACCUCAAGGCUGCCACGCUUGGCCUUUUGUUCUGAGAAACAUGCCAACAUCUCCCUGAACGGUGUUUGUCACCAUCAGCGACCGAAUAUCCAACGAGACACCCCCGAGCUUGAACCACAAUACACAGCGAAAGCCGGACUGGAGAGCUCCAACUCCUCCGACACCACCAAGAUGAACGGCCCUUCGAGUCCCAGGCCCGCGCGGCCUAUGAGCAUCAAGGAGAUUACCCUAGCAGCAGAAGAUUUCGACUUUAGAACUACAAUUCCCUUCAAGUACUGGGCGCGAUCUGCAGAUACCUUGUUUCAAGAGGCAACCUUUGCGCUCCAAGAUCGCGACAUACGAAAAGCAUACCAGAUGCUAUGGCGACACUCGAUACUAGUCCUUACUCACCUGAAAACACAUCCCGAUGCCAAGUUACCCGAAAACAAGGCGCUCACAAAGCCGCUAUUCGAUCGCCAGAAUAAGGAGGUAUUCGGGCUGCUGGAGGAAUUGAAGCCGCAAAUCGAUCGCGAUUACAAGGAAUGGCAGUUGAUGAGUGCUUCGAAGCAGAGAGAAGAUGACGAAUUCACCACCAGACCCACAAGCUACAACGAGUUCGCUGCCCGAGACCCGACCUUAUCCGGAAACGCCAAGAUCCUCGAUGCUGCCGAUAACCAGGAGCUUGCAGUCUCUUUGGCGCAACGAGACUACAAGAGGCGAGAUGCUGCAAGGAGAGCGACGCGGCAGGCCGGCGUGAGCGCCGAAGAAGAGCAGGAGCGCAGGAAGGGUGGUCGCUGGGAGGACUGGGAGCAGUUUAGCAGCCCAGCGACGGCUGCCUCAGAGGAGGAAGAUAUAAGGAGACAAAUUGAAGCAACUCGGCGCCGACUCGAUGGAACCGACGGAGGAAGAGACGAAGAUACCUUCAGCAGCUCGCAAGUUUCAAAUUACCAAGGCCAGGUACCCCCACCGAGAGCUCCUCCCAGCUACUCAUACAACUACCCGUCUAUAUCACGACCAAGGGCGCUGGAGUGGGAGGCAUCGCCGUUGGAGCCGCAGCGCGCUUACACGCCGCCACCGCCGCAGCCACCGAAGCCGCCAAAGGAGGACUUCACGAUGAUGCGCCAGGAGCUCGAUGCGGCACCUCCUAUGCGGCCGAGCAAGGAGCCAUUAACGUCGUAUAGGCCACCGUCAACAGCCAAUGCGCUACAAGGAGGCGUUCCGGAGUUGCCAGCCAAGGAGGAGGUGAUGCCACCGGCGGCAAAGGAGCGGCUAGCCUUCAAGCCGGCAGCGUACCUGGAGAAUGGCGAUCCUAUCCGACCUGUGUUCCUCCCAACACAGCUCAGGGAUACCUUCCUCAACAUUGCAUCUGAGAAUACUCGCAGAGGCCUCGAAAUGUGCGGUAUCCUCUGUGGACGACCCGUUAACAACGCACUGUUCAUCAGCUGCCUUCUUAUCCCCGAACAAAAGUGCACACCGGAUACGUGCGAAACGGAAAACGAAUCAUCAAUGCUGGAUUACUGCAUCAAUGAGGAUCUUUUGGUCGUGGGCUGGAUUCAUACGCAUCCCACGCAGACGUGCUUCAUGAGCUCGCGAGACCUGCAUACGCAGGCUGGAUACCAGGUAAUGAUGCCAGAGAGUAUCGCCAUUGUGUGUUCUCCAAGGCAUUCUCCAUCAUAUGGCAUCUUCCGCCUCACAAACCCGCCAGGACUGCCUCAUAUUCUGCAGUGCACGGCAUCGGAAACCUUUCAUCAACACUCCAUCGAUAACUUGUAUACUGGAGCGAAGAACCCGCCCGGUCAUGUUUACCACUCGGAGAAGCUUGACUUUUACGUGAAGGACUUGCGACCGAAGAGGUAAAGGAGGAGAUCGGGACAUUUGCCUUGGUGUUGAAUUAGAGAGCUACAAGCCCGUUCAGCUCAGGGCGGUCGGCAUAAUUGAUGAGCUGCUGCCACUGUUGAUGACGUAUCAAUAGCGAGAGAGAGAGAGAGAGAGAGAG